AUGGAUGCGUCAUGGACGACAUUCAUGAGCAUGACGGGAUCAUCAUCCGCCAGUGCUCCAAGCAGUUCGGGCCAGAUGGCGGAGAGCGAGAGGAAACCCGUCAAGGUCUCGCGCAUGCGAACGCCACUGUCGUCCAAAGCCACACCGUUUCGCUCCAAAACUGCAGGGUACUGUGCCACCAUGAAAGCUGGAUUUGCGGACUCCAUGACUUACCCAUACAGCCCUGAGUUGCAAGACUACGUCUAUCUCAACAUGGGAAACAUGACCCCAAGUGCUGUGAGUGGAGAGGAGAGUGCAGGAUACGGCACUGGAGCUGGGCAUCAGUCCGUCGACAGCAGUUGCGAGGAACCCGUGCCUGUGGCACCCCGAAGAGCCACACAGGACAAGAGAACACUGCGUCUGCCAUCUCGCACCCCCUCACCUGAGCAGCGAUUCCACUGGUCCGAUUCGCUUCCUGAAAACAGGCCAGAGCCUGUGCCCGCACUUGCUCUUGAGCACGUGGGUGAACUGUCGGAUCGGAACAUGGAGCCGAUGGAGCAGAUCCCUCUCCAAAGUAUCCGGAGAGACUCCUUCGAGGAGCGCCGAUCGCUUCGUGGUCAGCUUCCUCUGCAUGUCAAGCGGACGUUCAUCCACUACGACGACCAUGAGCUGGAGCUUGCGCAGACAGAUGGAGGCGGACCUAGGAUAACCAGGCGUCUCCAGCGAUCGGAGUCAGCGCCAGCAAGAUUGCUUUCACGGCAAGCUGGUCAAAUCAUUCAGGCACACAUCAACGGCACAUGCAAGCCUUGCGGCUAUUUCUUUGCCAAAGCAGAUGGGUGUCGGUGGCACAACAAUUGCACGUUUUGUCACCUAUGCCCUCCUGGAGAGCUGAAACGACGAAAGAAGCAGAAGCGCGCCAUGCUGAAAGCAAGAAAUGGUGCUCAGGCGCAGAACA